AUGUUACGAAACAUAGAAUAUAACUUAGGAAACGAAGCGUUCUUGGUGGAGUUUACAUUUGGAGACCGCUCAUCGAAGAAUAUUACGUUAAAAAACGUAUCCCUCAGGCUAAUUCUGCACCUCAGAAUCCUGAACAAUAACAAUGAACGUAUUUCAACGGUUCAUGAGACAAUCUGGCCUACUACCCAAAGUUUUUAUGGGUAUAGCUAUUACCAGUGCUGCUGUAGUGGCCCAUAG